GUUGAUAAUGAUCCCACAAAAAUCCGACGGGAAAUAAUUUUAUCUGUUGCAAUUGACGUGGACAAAAAAGAUACUGAUAAGUCGCCGGAGCCUGUCAGUGCGCCACAGCAGAGGAAGAGAGGAAAGUUGAAAAAUGUAAUUGUCAGAAGAAGAAGGAACAAAUAUCUUGUAGAAACAAACCGUCUCUUCGACACCCUUCGUGAGCUUAUGGAACAUUACCAAAAAACUUGCGGCAAGCUUAACAAGUUCACGUUCGCUCUAACGAAUCCAAUCAAGUUACAACCAUGGGAGUUCCAGCACUCUGAUGUAAAACAAGGUAACCUGCUAGGUCAGGGUGCGUUCGGUGAAGUCCGGGCGGGAACUUUGACAUUGAAGACCGGUGAAGUUGUAGAUGUGGCCAUAAAAGUUCUGUCAGUUACAAUGGCGUCAUUGCACGACGCGCUGUCGGUGUCACGGGAGGACGUCCUCGUAUUACUUCAGACAAAAGGGUCAUCCGACUUAUGUAAAGCAAAAAUCAAGGAGAUGAUGAAAGAAGCUCGUCUCAUGCGUAACUUCAAACACAAAAACAUUGUUCGUAUUUAUGGCGUUGCGGUGGACGAACAACCACUUUACAUCAUCCUCGAAUUAGUGACCGGUGGUGCUCUAAACUCUUGGCUUAAAGCCAAUGCUGGCCGUGUUGAAGUUCCGGAUAAAACAACAAUGUGCCUUGGAGCGGCUCAAGGAACCGAGUACUUACAUUAUAACCGUUGUAUGCAUAGAGAUCUUGCUGCGAGAAAUUGCCUUAUUACUCAAGACAAAGUAGUUAGUUCAAAUGCUUUUUGCAAAUGUUACCUUCGCAGGUGUCUUCUGCGCUCAUGUAGAUCACGAUUUAUAAACGCACUUUCCUCAAGUACUCCAUUUCAGGUGAAGAUAAGUGAUUUUGGAUUGUCUCGCAUGGGAACACAUUACCAAAUUCGCACAGCUAUGAGGCUUCCGAUUAAAUGGCUGGCUCCAGAGACAAUCACCACCUUUUCAUUUUCUCUGAAAACGGAUGUAUUCAGUUUUGGUGUUGUAGUUUACGAAAUUUUCUCUGAUGGAGCCGAACCCUGGGAAGGCAAAACGAAUGCUGAAGUGAAAGUUCAUAUCACAAAUGGUGAAUUCCUGACUUUGCCAGAUUGUGUUCCUGAAACUCUUCGAACAUUUAUCGAUGAAAGAGUUUUUGUUAAAGAUCCAGCAGAAAGAGCCGAUAUGACGGAGGUAUGA